UCUCUCCCUGGGAGGGGACGAGGGGCGGCCUUCAGUUGUAACUGGGAAGGGCUCGGAUACCGGAUUUGAAGCGGUGUUUGCACCGCAAGCGCAGCUUUUAUUUAGACUGCCGGUUUGUGAGGGUUGGCUCGCAAAGCGCUGAUGGCGAUUAUAGUGGAACUUCACCUUCACCUGCCUAUGCGCCCCGCAGCGCGUCCGCUCCCGCUCCCGCGCCCGCUCCCACGCCCGCGUAGCUGAGGAUCCGGACUCGCCAGGAAAGGCUGGUGAGGCUGGGGCCCGGGCGGGGCCGGCCGGGCCGGGUCAGGGGAGGGGCCUGGCGGCAGGGGCGGGGCCUCAGCUAAAGGCGCGGAGCACCGGGCGCCGAGAGCGCUGAGUAGAGCGGCGCCGGCUCGAGAGAAGCGGGGCCGAGAUCGCGCCGUCACAGCCCGCCCGCCGGCGUCCGCGCUGCUCCCACGCCCUUACCCCUGCCGGCCCUUGAAGGGUGCGACCGGCGGCCAUGCAGCCCCGGGGCUGAGGCCGCCCCAUGGCAAAGCCGGCGGUCCCGGCGACGACGGCGUAUGGAGAACUUCCGUAAGGUGCGCUCCGAAGAGGCGCCAGCGGGGGGCGGGGCCGAGGGGGGCUGCCCGGGCUCCGGCCCCUUCGCAGACCUGGCGCCGGGCGCGGUGCACAUGCGGGUCAAGGAAGGCAGCAAGAUCCGGAACCUGAUGGCCUUCGCCACCGCCAGCAUGGCGCAGCCAGCCACGCGCGCCAUCGUCUUCAGCGGCUGCGGCCGGGCCACCACCAAAACCGUCACGUGCGCCGAGAUCCUCAAGCGCCGCCUGGCGGGCCUGCACCAGGUCACGCGGCUGCGCUACCGGAGCGUGCGCGAGGUGUGGCAGAGCCUCCCGCCUGGGCCCACGCAGGGUCAGACGCCUGGCGAGCCGGCCGCUAGUCUCAGCGUACUUAAGAACGUGCCCGGCCUAGCCAUCCUACUUUCCAAGGACGCGCUGGAUCCGCGACAGCCCGGCUACCAGCCCCCGAACCCCCAUCCUGGUCCCUCGUCCCCGCCAGCCGCGCCAACGUCCAAGAGGAGCCUAGGGGAACCCGCAGCUGGAGAAGGCUCCGCGAAGCGAUCGCAGCCCGAGCCAGGGGCUGCGGACGAGGAUCAGACGGCCUGAAACUCCGGACUGUAGGCCACCAAGUCCGGCAGCAUCUUCCGCCAGCGCCUCCACCUUCAGAUGCACCUCCAGCCUUUCACUCCUCGGUCCUCCAGAGCCCACAACCUGGACACAGCUCCUCAAGACAGGUAGCAUGGACCUUAAGGCGACAAGAGAGGGGCCUCAGGAGUGGCAAGAGAGGAUCCCCGACCACCCUAGGGAAACUUCGUGUGAUGAUUGCUGCUUAUGUCCGUGUUGCUUGAAGACACGGAACUUCACCUUUUCUGGGACCUUCUUUUGGGGAGAAUGGUGGACAGUGGGAUUCUGGAAACUUGUUUGGGACCCCAAAGGUUAAAGCCACCCAGCAUUCCCGAAGGGCACCUGAAGUAUGGAAGCUGAGAAGAGUUAUUGGAAUCACCCCCACCGUUGACAGAGGAAGGCAGGGGGUGAGAAUUGACUGCUUGAGGGUAGGAGAGUCUGAGAUGUGGGGGCCCUAUGCCGCUCCCCGCCCUGGGACAGUUUUCCUUUCUAGUUUUCCUUCCCCUGCUUCAGAGGAGCAUCUCUGAGGGUUCUAGCUCUUUUAACACCCCUUUUCCCCCUGCUGGCCCAGAGGGAGACCCAGGACUGAACUCUCCAGGCCUCCUCCCCUGAGCCCUGCAGCUGGAGUCUUGCUUCCAAUAAAACAAGCACAAAAAUG